UACUUUACUUGACGUUACUUACAAACAAGCCAAAUUCACUGAAAAAAAACAGGAUAGUUGUACUUUGAAUCUAAUUUCAUCAGCCACUUAUCUCUGUUGACUCACAGGUCACUACAUUGCAGAUACAGUCGGACUGGAGAGAAAUCCUUUUCUUGUAAAGCAGAAUAAAACUCAAAUGUCUCCAUGUUUUGUUGUUUGACGCACUUAACAAUUAGUGUCGAGCUUUUGUAGUUUUCAUCAUCACACUACAACCUACAACCUUUGUAAACGCACUACUUUAACAUGAGUAAUUUGAAAGCACUGGUUGGUUAACAGCAUUGCUACUGAAAUGUCUCUGGAUAUCCUGCAGGAACACUUUUGGGCUAUUUUUAAAUCAAACAACUAAUCGCAAAAGGCGAUUUAGGCACUUUAUACGUGACUUGGACGACUUGACAGCGGCUUAAUAGCAGAAGGGGUAAAUGGUAAGUCAGGGGUUAAAGGUUGAAAGUGACGUUUGAAAAAGAGACGGAGAAACAGUGAAAGAGAGAUUUUUUCCUCUGGGGACAAAGUGGGACUGUUCUCCGUUCAUCAUGGAUUUCUCCCCUGGGGUUCUGCUCCUGUUUUCUCUGUUAUGUUCAGCUGCUGGUCAGGCUCCCGAGGUCUCCGUGGAGCCCCGGGCUGCUACUGUGCACCAAGGGGAAUCCGCCAGCUUCAGAUGCCAGGUGCAGGGAGGCGCACAGCCCAUCCAACUGAUGUGGAAGAAAGCCAAUAACAAUAACCAAGCAUUACCAGACAAUGUCAAGACCGGUCCUGACGGCUCCGUGCUGACGGUCGCUACCGCCGGCCCCGAAAACCACGGGCAGUACCGCUGCACGGCGGUCAACUCUGCAGGCCGCGGCGCCGCCACGGCUGUGCUGAACGUCAAAUAUGCCCCUAAAGUGCACCUGACACCUGCAGGGCCCCUGCGAGUCAGGAUGGGAGACCCUGUCUCAGUGGAGUGCCGGGCCAAAGGAAGGCCACGGCCCACGCUGACCUGGAAACGCCAAGGCUCCACCCUGCAGCUGGUUACCAAGGAGACCAAUGAUGUCAACACCAUACAGUGGGCUGCAAUACAUCAAGACGACUCGGGGAUUUAUAUUUGCCAGGCUGAAAACAAUGAGGGGGUGACAGAGGUCAAAGUUCAGGUCAUUGUUGUGGGGCAGCCGGGGGCACCAGUGGCCACAGUGGGCACAACAGAAAUGACAGUGGUGGAGGGACAAACAAUCACAAUGGAGUGCGAGGCCACCGGCUCCCCUCCUCCGGUCGUCACCUGGUCCAAGCUGCGAGCGCCGUUGCCGUGGAAACACUCAAUGGUUGGUGGAGUAUUGACACUGCCCAGCGUGGGACGCCAGGAUUCAGGACAAUACAUCUGCAAUGCAACCAACACCCACGGCUACAGUGAAGCGUACACGCAGAUGGAGGUGGAGAGUCCCCCGUACGCCACCUGCCUGCCGGACCAGGCGAGGCUCCGGCCCGGGGACGCGCUGCGCCUCCAGUGCCUCGCCCACGGCUCUCAUCCCAUUGGGUUCGAGUGGAGCCGUGAGGGCAGAGCCAGUCUGCCUCCGGGGGCCCACGCCACGAAGGACGGAACGCUGUCCGUCGCCCACGUCAAACUGGGGGACAGCGGGACGUACAAAUGCGUGGCCACCAACCACGUCGGCUCCAGUGAGGCUCUGGUCAAGGUCAUCGUAAAAGCUUGAUCCAAUGUGGUCUGAUUGACAAACCAUCCACGCCAAAAGGUGGUGUUGUUGCCAUCAAUGCGUUUUAACAGCUGAUACUGUGAAAAACACAGAUCAGUAUAUUUAAUAGAUCCAUAUAUUUUGAGCCAUGAAAGCGAAUGAUACCAACGCUGUAGUUGCUGUUACCGUGGGGUUAAGUUUGUACUUUUAUAGACAACUGAUAGUUGCCAUUGUUGCUUCAGCCUCAUAUCUCCGUUGGGACGGCUUUUUCUCUGGAACUCAGCCUGUGUGUGGGAGUUUGUCCUUGAGGAAUUCCUCUCGUCUGCCUCCUUUCAUGCGAUCUGCUGAGUCGACACUGUUGCACUUCCAAACACAAAGAAGUGGUCUGAUCGAAUGUAAGAGCCCUCAUUAUGCCAUUGAAUCCAAAUCGAAAAAGACCGAAUAAAAGACGUUACAUUCAUUUCAAUGACAAA